UGCUUUGCUCACGUUGAGAUCUGUGUGAAGCCGAAGUAAAGCGAAGACUGGAGAAUUGAAUUAUAACGUCACCGGCACUUUACCGAGGGGCCAGGGACCGGAAGUACCCAAGAAUCAAUUAAAAAUUAGGAAGCUUUCUAUAAACGAAUCGUGUAGGGAACAGCUGUCAGCUGCACUAGGAAUUGCUGCUAUCGCGCAUUAGGACAUAUCCCGGAAUGCCGGCAGAUUGGUCCCCAAAACUUUGUGCCUGAUGGUUCCCUUUAUUUGAUACAAUGCCCACUCAGUGCAGGGAACUGCAGACAGAUUGUUUUUCUCUGCAGGGCCAUAAUUCAUCCACUCAACAUGGACAUUUUGGAGAUCCCUCUCUGCAGAGUGAAAAUCCAUUGAUGGAUAAGUCUUGCUUGGAAAUGACUUCUGCUCAUGAGCAAAGUGAACCAGCAAGACAUAAUGCUAUCUUCGAGAUGCCAUCUAUUGAUAUGGACAUCAGUGUUCUCUUUGAUCCAAAUGACCUCUCAUCGAAGGAGAUUCAGGAAAGCCAGAGAACUAAUCCCAACUCUGUUCAGUCAGUAGACUCUUUACCACAAGUACGCUCUCCCUCCAUUGGUACAUUUGCUAGUGGCCAGAUACCAAAACUGAUCCAGAUAGAAAAGCCUGAAGAACUGGGAGACCAAAGGAUCACCCUUCAAGAAGAUGUGGAAAUGAGUAAUGACUCUAUGAGCAAUGAGGUUACAGAAUCUGAUGAAAAUGGGAAGGAAUUGGCAGAAAAGAGUUGCUCUGACAUCUGCUCUCCUUCAUGCAGCUCCAAUGCUUUCUCAUUAAUGAUGGCUGACACUGAACACAACCCAUCUACUAGUGGAUACAGCAGUGAACAACCAGAUAAAGAGAAAACCCAGAAGGACUUGCUGAAAAUGCUAAAGGAGCUACGAUCCCAUCUACCACCCGAUAAGAGAAACCGCAGCAAGUCCGGCACUGCUGCUGCACUCAAAUAUGCUUUACACUGCAUCCAGCAAGUUCAAGCAAAUGAAGAGUACUACCAGUUGCUGAUGGUGAAUGGGGAGCAACCAUGUGGCUUAGAAGCGUCGUGCUACUCAGUGCAGGAGAUUGAGAAUAUCACCUCGGAGUAUACCCGAAACAACACGGACAUGUUUGCUGUAGCAGUUUCCUUGGUUACUGGAAGGAUCGUUUAUAUUUCAGAGCAGGCUUCUGUUGUCCUGCGUUGUGGACCAGACAUGUUCUCACAGAUUCGUUUUGUUGAACUAAUUGCCCCACAGGAUGUCAACGUGUUUUACAGCUCAACCACACCGUACAGAUUGCCCUCCUGGAAUAUCUGCUGUGGAGCGGAUUCUAGUUACGUGGAUAGCAUGGAGGAAAAAUCCUUUUACUGCCGUGUCAGCUGUGGACGGGAAUCAAGAAAAGAAGUUGUGUACCACCCUUUCCGGAUGACACCUUACCUGAUCUGGGUGAAGACAGAGGAGACUGCUAAGGAGCAGCUGUGUUGUGUGCUGUUUGCUGAGAGGGUUCAUUCUGGCUAUGAAGCUCCUCGAAUCCCUGCUGAUAAACGCAUUUUUACAACUACUCACACACCAAGCUGUUUGUUCCAGGACAUAGAUGAGAGGGCUGUGCCUCUUCUUGGUUACUUGCCCCAAGAUCUAAUUGGAAGCUCUAUUAUGUUGCAUCUUCAUCCCAAAGACCGACCCUUGAUGCUAGCAGUGCACAAGAAAAUUCUGCAGUAUGGGGGGCAACCUUUUGAUUUCUCUCCAAUCCGUUUCUGUGCUCGUAAUGGGGAAUACAUUACUAUUGAUACUAGUUGGUCCAGCUUCAUUAAUCCUUGGAGUCGCAAAGUGUCCUUCAUCAUUGGCCGGCAUAAAGUUAGAAUGGGCCCAGUCAAUGAAGAUGUCUUUGCUGCUCCACCACACACUGAAGAUAAAUCAUUACAUCCUGGAAUUCAGGAGCUCACAGAACAAAUCUAUCACCUCCUUAUGCAGCCUGUGCACAACAGCAACUCUAGUGGAUACGGCAGUUUGGGCAGCAAUGGAUCCCAUGAGAAUCCAAUGAGUGCGGCAUCCUCCAGCGACAGCAAUGGAAAUGCAAAUGAGGACAUAAAGGACAAAAAUGUUGCAUGCCAAGAACUUCUGGGUGAGGAGCACAGCACUGCCUUCCAAGAUAAGGAGAAGCAGAAGCUGACGAAAAAUGUGCUAAUAGGAAGACAUACAGAUAACUCUCCCAGUACCAGGGAUUAUAGUAAAGAUGUCAUUAAAGCCAGUCCUGACAGUGGUCCCUGCCCUAUACAAAGUGAAGAUCUGCCAGCAAAACAGCACCCAUAUUCCUAUCAGCAAAUCAGCUGCCUAGACAGUGUUAUCAGGUAUCUGGAGAGCUGCGGUGUGCCAACCUCCUCAAAAAGCAAGUGGGAUUCUUCUGGCUAUAAGGAAACUUCUUCCUCUCACACUGACCAUAAUCCUCCGCAACACCAAAAAGCCAAGCUUAAUAAAGAUAACCAGGCUAUGUUGGAAACCUUACCCAAGUUGCCAAACUGCACGAUGUGCCCAUCCGUCAAACUUAUGUCUCAAGCUUCUUCCUCAGGUCCUUGCAUCAGCCCUGUGACUGAGGUGCAAUCUACUCUUUGCUCACUACAGGCACCACGGUCUCUUCCUGCACAAGGCUCUCUCCCUUGCACCUCCCUCACCUCCAUAGCUGUUGCACCUUGUCCUGCACUUACCCCUCUAUCUCUGGGCGCCAAGGCUGAAAGUGUAGUAUCCUUCACCAGCCACUGCAGUUACAGCAGCACAAUUGUACACGUUGGUGACAAGAAGUUGCAGCCCGAGACAGAGAUGGAAGAUUGUCCAUCAGCAUUGGGGGAUCCAACACCUGUAUCUGCUAGUGUGGCAGAGAAAGAGCCAUACAGACAGAUGGGGCUAACCAAGGAAGUACUGGCAGCCCACACUCAGAAAGAAGAGAAUGAUUUUCUCACUGGCUUUAUGGAUAUCAAGAAACUUAGUGCCUUCCAGGCCCGGUGCAACAGUUACCUGCAGGAAAGGCCAGGUGCCCCACGCACACGCCGUGCCCAGGGACCUGAUACAUCCUGGAAGAGAACUGGCAAAACGCGAAAGCCCAAAACAAAGCGAGUGCGCCCAGAAUCCUGGGACAGCAGCAGUUCCGGUGCUCACGAUGCCCCUCGACACCCUCUCCCUGGUCUCAACACUACAGCCUGGUCACAAUCAGAUGCCUCACAUGCCAGCUAUCCUCCACUGCCAUACCCUGUGCUUCCUGCUUAUCCCCUGCCUGUAUUCCCUUCACCACAGAUUCCAGUGCCAAAUGAAACUGCUCAGAUUCCUUCAGCCAAUGCAUCUACUCCUCAGCCUUUCCCUGCGCCAUUGCUGCCCCCUAUGGUUGCCCUGGUUUUACCUAAUUAUAUGUACCCUGCCAGCCUACCAACUACUCUCUAUCCAGGGCCUCCAUCUCAGCCUGCAUUUCCUGCCCAGCCAAACUCUUACCUUCCUCAAUCCACUUUCCCUGCCGCACAGCCUACUUUUCCUGUUCCUGGCCCAGCAUUUUCCCUACAGCAACCUAAUUUUACUGUUGCACAGCCUGUAUUUCCCACACCACAAAAUGCAUUGUCAGUUCUGCCACCUUUAUAUACUCCGCAGCCUGUGCAGAACCCUUUCCCAGCACAACCUGUAUCAUUCCCCAUUCCUGCCCCUACACUAAAGACCAAAGAGGGGAUUUCUCGUUCUUCAACUCCCCAAGAACCGCCAUCUCCCCCUCUUUUCCAGUCACGCUGUAGCUCUCCCUUACAGCUUAACUUGCUUCAGUUGGAAGAGACCCAGAAAGUGGAUCAUCCCGAAGGAAACUCAGGAUGCACAGAUAAAGGUGGUGGAAAUAGCUCUGUCUUGGUGAAACCUUCUGACGACUCUCAGCUGCACCUCUCAAGAGCAGCAUCUCCUGUAGAUGCUCCAAACAGCGAUGCCAUGUCAACCUGCAGUGACCUGAUGGACCUUCUUCUUCGGGAGAAUGCGUCUUCCGGAACAUGUUCUGCCUCUUCUGCCAUAUCUGACUCCAUGACAUCAGGAUCACAUGGUAAUGGUACAUCUGGAAGUCAAACAGGGAGUAGUUUGACAAGCCGGAGCAGCAAGUAUUUUGGAAGUGUAGAUUCAUCCGAAAACAAGGAGCAUGGGGGGCAGGAGACAGGCUCUUCGAGAAGUAAAAGCAUUAUGAAAUAUGUUCUCCAGGACCCAGUGUGGCUGCUCAUGGCCAACGCAGAUGAGAAUGUGAUGAUGACUUACCAGAUCCCAAAGAGGGACAUCAAAGCAGUCCUCGGAGAGGACCGUAAGAAGUUAAAAUCUCUCCAAAAAAUGCAGCCUCGUUUCACAGAGGAGCAGAAAAAGGAACUGGAAGAGACUCAUACAUGGAUGCACAAAGGGGGACUGCCGCGAGUAAUGGAGGUGACAGACUGUGUUUACUGCAGGAAUAGAGGCCCUGAGUAUGGGGAAGCUAUCCAAGCCCUGGAGUUAAGUGGAAUCAUGGAGUCAUGUGAUUAGAAUCAAAGAUUGCAACUCCCAACAGUUCCUUGAAUCAAGCACCAGCUGCUUCACAGCCACCAGCACAGAGGAUACAGGGCUUCACAUUGUGUGUACCUGGCUGCCUAGAACAUACUUGCUUUCACUACUGAUUUCCCGCUUUAUUUCAUAUAUAUGAUAUUUACCAAACUGGCAUAGGGAUCCCUAAACAGAGGAAAGAAGUACCAGUACUGUUCUAUAUAACAGUUUCACUUGUCUGAGCAGAAUGACGUCACUAUCCUGUAGGCCAGUGGUUCCCAAACUGUGGGACUGGCCCCUCCAGGGGUGGCUUGGAGCAGUGACAGGUGGGGCUCAGCCUGAAGGCCAUUUAGGAUAAGAAUUUGGGAGAUUGGCCUUUGGCUCUUGUUGAGAAAUCUGGAAUCCCAGCUAAAAGGACAGUUAUGGUGAGAUUCAGGGUGAAUAUGUAUUUUCUCUCCUAUAUAUUCUUGAAAUAUAACUGAAGGAUUGGUACACCAAAAUUUCAAUAUACCUUUACCAAAUGGGGCACUGGCCAAAGGUUGGACCUUUAAAAGGGGAACCCUGGCCAAAGGUUGGACCUUCAAAGGGAGCUGCUGAGGAAGGGGGCUUGGACUAAAAGGUUUUGACAACCAAAGCUCUGAGCAGAUGUGUUGUUACAGUUACUUAAUGUGCAUUUUUACAUUCUUGCUCUGUUUUCUGUGCUUGCCUGGGCAUAGAAACUACUCUCAUGCCACUCGUCAUAUCACCAAUAACACAGAGCCUUUAGGUCUAGAUAAAACUUCUGCACUGCAUACAUCAUCUGCCCUGGUCCUGGGUCCGGUAUGAUUGCUGGUUCCGGAGUCUUGGCUGAAGCAUCCCAGCAUAGGCUGCCUGAUCAGAGCUGCAAUUACAGGUACAAGUGCUUUGCAGUGCCUACUGGGGAGAAAGCCUAGGCAGCACAGAAAGUGUUGGACUAUACAGGCUUUGAAUGUCAACUCUUCAGAUUGAGUUCCUUCUGAUUUUGGAUGACAAUCAGACUGUUAAUAAGCUGUGUGACAAGGCUGGAGUGCAAUGCACAGGCACCUUAACCACUGUACCUCAUCUAAUGAGUCUGUCUCUACUUUACAAUAUAUUGUUGUAUCUGUGUAAGAUAUAUGUUACUUGUACAGUGCCCGGUAUACAAGUCCAGGCUAGUGUGUCCCUGUCUUCGGGUGUUUUUUACGCUCAGAUAUAGAACAUGUGUGAGCACUACAGUGUAGUUUAGCGUGUGACAAAGUUUAUGUACAAAAUGCAGCAAUACCAUGUUUGUAUCUUUA